AUGAAUCUGCUCCAUGUUUUUGGGUUUGGUUUAAAGGUGGGGCAUCUGGUUUGGAUGUUAUGUUGCUGGAUAGCAUCGACGAUCUCGAUGAAUUGGUUCAUUAAUGGUGGAUUUAAGGACCUCAAGGGUGUCCUCCUUGGUGAUAGUGGUAGCAAGAUGUGGUUCAAAUGUUGGGAUGAAAUCUCAAGCUUCAGCUUCAGGAUGCACCAUCAGUACUACCAGUAUAUUGGUUCCAAGAGAGUUUGCAAGUCAUGGUGGAGAAAGCUCAUAUUUUCAUGGAUAAUUGGUUGGACCUUGGCUUCUGUUUGGAUCUUUUGUUAUAUGAGCACUCUUGCUACCGAAAAGCGCAAGGAAACGCUAGCGAGCAUGUGCGAUGAGAGAGCUAGGAUGUUGCAGGAUCAGUUUAAUGUAAGCAUGAACCAUAUCCAUGCUAUGUCUAUUUUGAUCUCAACUUUCCACCAUGGGAAAACCCCGUCUGCUAUUGACCAGAGGACUUUUGCGAGGUACACCGAACGAACUGCUUUCGAGAGGCCCCUCACAAGUGGUGUAGCAUAUGCCGUAAGGGUGCUCCACUCCGAAAGAGAACAAUUCGAGAGGCAACAGGGUUGGACUAUUAAGAGGAUGAAUAAUCUUGAACCAUCACCAAUUCAGGAAGAAUAUGCUCCUGUUAUAUUUGCCCAGGAUAUCGUUUCACAUGUAGUUUCUCUUGAUAUGCUGUCGGGAAAGGAGGAUCGUCAGAACGUGUUGCGUGCCAGAAGAUCUGGAAAAGGAGUGUUAACAGCUCCUUUUAGGUUACUCAAAACAAACCGUCUUGGAGUUAUUUUGACAUUUGCAGUUUACAAGAGGGAUCUUUCCUCAAAUGCAACUCCUAACGAGAGGAUUCAAGCAACUGACGGGUAUCUUGGUGGAGUGUUCGAUAUUGAGUCACUAGUGGAGAAGUUGCUACAACAGCUUUCAAGUAAACAAACAAUUCUUGUGAAUGUGUUUGACACAUCAAAUCAGUCUUACCCUAUCAGUAUGUAUGGUUCUAAUGCAUCCAAUGAUGGGUUGGAGCACGUCAGUCAUCUUAAUUUUGGAGAUCCUUUUAGAAAGCACGAGAUGCGCUGCAGGUUUAAGCAAAAGCCUCCAUGGCCAUGGUUUGCAAUAACUACUUCAAUUGGUGUCCUUGUAAUUGCAUUACUUGUUGGGCAUAUCUUCCAUGCAACUGUUAAUCGAAUUGCUAGGGUGGAAGAUGAUUGCCAUAAGAUGAUGGAGCUCAAAAAACAGGCUGAGACAGCUGAUGUUGCCAAAUCUCAGUUUCUUGCUACCGUUUCCCAUGAAAUCAGAACCCCAAUGAAUGGUGUUCUUGGAAUGUUGGAUAUGCUUAUGGACACAGUUUUAGAUGUUACACAACUAGAUUAUGUCAGAACUGCUCAAGCUAGUGGAAAGGCACUGGUUGCACUCAUAAAUGAGGUUUUGGAUCAGGCUAAGAUUGAAUCUGGUAAGCUAGAGCUUGAGGAAGUGCAGUUUGAUCUACGAGCCAUCUUGGAUGAUGUGUUGUCACUAUUUUCUGGGAAGUCUCAGGACAAAGGAGUAGAGUUGGCUGUUUACAUUUCUGAUAGAGUGCCUGAGAUGCUAAUUGGUGACCCCGGGAGGUUUAGACAAAUCAUCACCAAUCUCAUGGGAAACUCGAUUAAAUUCACUGAGAAAGGGCACAUCAUUGUUACUGUUCAUCUUGUGGAGGAGGUAAUUGAUUCAAUAGAAGUUGAGACAGAAUAUUCAUCAAAGAACACCUUGAGUGGUUUCCCUGUUGCAGAUAGACGUCAGAGCUGGAAAGCAUUUAGAACUUUCGGUCAAGAAGGAUCCGUGCAUCCUUCCUCUGACAGCAUUAAUCUUAUUGUAUCAGUUGAAGAUACAGGAGAAGGAAUCCCCCCAGAAGCACAGCCUCGUGUUUUCACUCCUUUUAUGCAAGUUGGCCCUUCUAUUUCCCGAACACAUGGAGGCACGGGCAUCGGAUUAAGCAUAAGCAAAUGUUUGGUUGGUCUAAUGAAAGGAGAAAUUGGUUUUGUUAGCAUUCCCAAGGUUGGUUCCACCUUCACAUUUACUGCUGUUUUUGCCAGUGGCAGCUCUAGUCCAAAGGAGUUCAAGAGCCAACAAAUCAACAGCCAGUCUAAUACUGUUUCCUCAGAGCUUCAUGGGAUGAGAGCAUUAGUUAUGGAUCCUAGACCUGUCCGGUCCAAGGUGUCAACAUAUCAUAUUCAACGUCUGGGAAUUCAUGUUGAAGUAGUUUCUCAUUGGAAACAAGGUUUAUCUAUGAACAAUGUAAUCCACAUGGUUCUCAUCGAACAAGAAGUUUGGGAUAGAGAUCUAAACAGUUUGGGUCUAUUCAUCAAUAAUUUGGAGAAAAUAGGUCACGGUACUCCUCCAAAGGUAUUCCUUUUUUCUAAUUCCAUAAAUUCUUCCAGAGGAAAUACUACUACUGGUUCCUGUGACUUGACCAUCAUCUCAAAGCCGUUGAGAGCUAGCAUGUUAGCGGCAUCUCUACAACGAGCUAUGGGCAUUGGGAACAAAGGGAAUCCCCGUAAUGCGGAGUUACCAAGCUUGUCUCUUCGGAAUCUUCUUCUUGGGAGAAAAAUUCUAAUUGUAGAUGACAACAAUGUGAACCUGAAAGUUGCUGCUGGUGCUUUGAGAAAAUAUGGAGCUGAUGUGAUUAGUGCCACGAGAGGAAUAGCUGCUAUUGAACUGCUUACACCACCUCACCAAUUUGACGCCUGUUUCAUGGAUAUCCAAAUGCCGGAAAUGGAUGGGUUCGAAGCUACAAGGAGAAUUCGGAAUGUGGAACAGAACAUCAAUAAUCGUAUUCAAUUUGGAGAACUAUCAAUAGAUGCUUGUAAAAAUGUUUUAAACUGGCAUGUACCCAUCUUGGCUAUGACAGCAGACGUUAUCCAAGCUACACACGAGGAAUGCCUACGGUGUGGAAUGGACGGAUAUGUGUCGAAACCAUUCGAAGCAGAGCAAUUAUACCUGGAAGUUUCACGAUUUUUCCAAUAGAACAUUAUUAGAUCAGAAUCUGUAGGAAGAACAUCUACUCGUAACAUGCCAUUGGCAUCAAUAGGACUGCCUCCACUCCGGCAUUCUUUGGGGUAAAUAAAUUCAGAUACUUCCCAGCAGGAACAUUUGUUUUUGGUUGCAGAGUGUACAUAGAAUCAUAUGCUUGAACAUAGGGAUUUGCUUGUGUUUUACAAUGAAGAUAACAAAGCUUGCUGAUCUUGGUAAAUUUAGAUACAUGUGCAGUAAAAAAACUUAUUGACUCUGGGGUAAGGAAAAAGAAGUUACCAAAUGGAAAUGGAUAGAAGAAAUUCAAUUCCAGUUCCUGUAUGUAGAAAAUUGCAGGUAUCCUCCCUUGUGUCGGUAAUAAAAACUCCUGCAAAUUGAAACCUGUUCUCGCUGGACAUUAUUUAUUGUACCAUAGUGACCAAUUGAAUUGAAAGAAUUGAAGGUUGCUUGCUUCUCAGAGACUCAGGUGGAGAUUGCACCCUUUUACACUAACCUUGUAUGAAUAAACGACUGAUUACUUUUUCUUUUUUUGGUUAAGCCUGUUUACACUAUUAGAGAAGUAUAAAUAGUUUGAAGAUCAGUUUUGUAUAAAUUAUAUAUAUUUUAUUUAAUUAUCAGUGUCUGAUUUAUUAUUCGAC